AUGGAUGAUAUAUGGAUGCAAAAUGGUUCAAAUCCGAAUAAAAUAUUAAUGAUGCCAUCAACAACACAAUCACAACCAUUCCCUCAUCCGGAAUCACAUUGGCGAAUGUAUUCGGUAUUAAAUUCUGGACAAUUUUCCGGAAAUUUUGGACGUCUUUCAACAAACACUAAUCAUAAUAUUACAACUGGUUUAACAUAUUCACAACAAACAAUUGCUUCUACGUCAGUAUCAUCAUCAUCAUCAUCACCAUCAACAACAACAUCAGUAUCAUUAUUAUCAUCACCAUCUCAUCAUCAUCAUCAUCUUCAUCAACAACAACAACAAAAUAUUCAUUCAUCAAUGAUCACUAAACGUUCCGAAUCGGCAUCAUCCAUUAAUGAUACAAUGAAUACGACAACUUCAACCGGUGAAACAACAAUUGCUAGUGCUAUCAAGAAUAUGAUAAAAACGGAAAGUAAAUCGAUUGAUGCAACAAUUUUUGCAAAUUCC